AUGAAUCGUCCGGCCUGCAUUGCAUGUAGAUUUGUGAGACGAUAUCAAUUAUCUCCGUCACAUGUCAACAAACCCAAAACCGACAAUUUCCAACGAAAUUCUGAGUUGACAAUUCACAGACACCGGUUGCAGGAACGACACUGUCAUUCAUCACUUGUCAAUACAGAAACGCCAAAAGAAAGGGAGAACCCUAAAACUGUCAAUACAGAAUCGCCAAAAGCAAAGGAAAAUCCCAAAACUCUCAAUACAGAAUCGCCAAAAGCAAAGGAGAUUCCCAAAACUGAAUUUUUUGAUGAAAAAGUAUCCACACAAUUUGUUCCAUCUCAAAGUAGAAGAGUUAUAGUUGAUCCAGCAUCUGUUAAACAAGUCUUUUAUUUUGAUACCCUUUCUUAUGUGAAAAGACUGGAAAAAAAUGGUUGUAGUAGAGAACAAGCAGAAGGCAUUACAGAAUGUUUUACUGAUAUAAUACAUUCAACAAUAGAUUACCAGAGUCGUAAUAUGACUACAAAACCACAACAGGAAAUAUUAACCCAACAGUUAUUAGCAGAAAUAAGUUCCAUUAAGAAAGAUAUGGUAAUAUUACAGAAAAGUGAAUUUACAUCUUUACAGCAUGAAACAGAUAAACUUGGUGUAGAAAUAAAAAUGCUAAAAGAAACAUUAGAUGAUGAAAUGGGGAAGGUGAAAGGUCAAAUAAAGUUAGAUAUUAAUUUGGAGAGAGGGAGAGCCAUAGAAGCUCAUGCUGGAAGUGAGAAAGAACUUGCUCAAUUACAUAAUAAAAUUGAUACUGGUAUAGCUAAUUUAAAAACAAUGUUUGAACAGUAUAGAAAUGAUAUGUUUAAAUAUGCAGGAGGAACUGUGCUGACUAUGGCUUCACUCUCAUUGGCUUUAAUGCGUUUUCUACAUUGA